CUCACCCCACAGUGUUUGUUUUUCUCCCGGAUCCGGAUGAAGGGAUUGGCCUGCCCGUGGCCUGCCCUGCUCAGCUUUGGGCACCCGGGGUCCUGCUUCAUGGCUGAAGGCUCCUCCUGCACUCAGGCCCCGGGGCAAGGACCCCCUGUCAGCAUCCAGCUCCUGCGAGCCCAGUAUGAAGGCCUGAAGAGGCAGCAGAGGACCCAGAUCCACCUCCUGGUGCUCCCCAAAGGCGGACACACGCGUAAUUCUGCUGGAUCCAUGAUCAGUCCUGUUUGGAUCAAUAAGGAGCCAAGGAGCUCCCUCUCCCUGGAAGAGGCAGAUCCUGAGGUGGAGGGGGUUCUGGAAGAAGCCGACCGAAGCUGUCUUCAGAAUCCCGAGUCUCCAUGGCACACGCACCUAGAGAUGCAUCGCUUAGUCCAAACCUUCCACCAUGAAACCAGCCAAGUGAAGCCCAAGGGCCAGCCUGUGGGGUCUGACCAAAGGCUCCGACCAGAAGGAGACCCACACUUGUUUGAAAACAGUCACCCGACUCUGCAAGGAACCAAACUCCCAGAGACAGCCCAGGGUCAAUGUCAGGUGGGUGGUUCCCCAACAAAGAUCGUGGGACCCAGCUUAAAAACCGACGUUCGGUUUCUUCCUUCCAUAAAGGACUCCCACAGGUCUGGCAGACCUGCUUACUAUCCGUUUCCCCGGAGGAAAACUCCCAGGAUUUCCGAAGCUGCCCGGAACCUGGGCUUAUAUGGCCCAACCUGAAGUUUUCUGCUGAGCCACACAGAUCUGUCUCAUCAGAAAGCCAGCAAGGCAGAGCCUCUAGCUCCCAGCAACAGCUGGAACUAUCCCAAAUGUAAGAACUGCGGGAAAUGAACUUCAUAGUGGGAACAUGAAUGAUCUUGACCUUCAAAACACCAAGAGGUCAGACUGCUCACCAUUUAGGAUCAGAUAGUACUGUUGGAUCAAGCAUCUGCUUCUGUAAGAAGAGUUCACUAUGGUGCCCUGGAUGUCCAUUCUUUGGGGGAUCCAGUAGGACACCCUGAAAAAGGAGAAUUCUGAAACAGAGUGAGGACUUUAGCCAAUGGAGUACCUGAGUAUUGCCCAGGGCUCAAGGGCAUGGACAAUCUUGUUUUCAAUAUUUUCUGACUCCUCCCGCAAUAUAUUCUGAAUAAUAAGAGUCUGAGCGUCCAGAACCUUUUCCUGACUGCGAUAUCUUGGGGGCCGUGUCACUUAGAAGUCAUUACACCCAUUUGUAGCAACCACACAAUUUCAUUUGUAGCCUCCCAUAGGAUAUGGUCGCCCUGAGUAAACAGGGUCAGAUCAGGGCCAAACUGACCAUUUUGUGUGUUUAAGGGGUCCUUAGGAAAGGUGGCCAUCUGUCACCUGUCCCUGAGAUACGCCAGCCUCGUCACAGACUAAUCUCCUUCCAUCCUUUCCUCUCUUCCUUUUUUCAUCUUUCUCUCUUCUCUCCCUGCAAAUUAGCUGCAUAUUAAAGACUUCCAAUUAUUGAAAAUAUAUAGUUAUAGAAGACUGAGAAAAAAACAACAAAAAAAAAUGAAGACUCUUUCUUGGAAAACUUUUCCACAGUCUGCCCCAUUUUUAGCUUAACUUGGAUCCCUCAUGUCCUUCUUUAGGUCCAAUACGUGUUUUUAAACCUAAGAGUCAAGUAGGUGCUGUGGGUGAUGUGAAUCGUCACUGUUUAACUUCAUCAAUGACAUUCAAACACUCCUAAGGUGAUUUUCUCUCUUCUCAGAUUCUCUCUCUAUGCACCUGCUCCUGGACGACCCAGAAAUGAACUCCAAUUUGAGGACUCAUUGUGAUUAGUAAGAUAUAGUCGUUUCUUAUACUCUAGUGAAAAUGAAGGAAACAUUCUUUCUUUUUAAAAAUUCUUUGUAGUUGUAGAUGGACAGAAU